ACCACCAUCAUCAUCAUCAUCAUUAUCAUCAUCGUCACCACCACCAUCAUCAUCAUCAUCAUCAUCACCUACGGAACCUCAAAGACAAUCCAAUCUUCCUACGACAGGAAAUAGCACAGUCUUGUAUGCAGGGAUUGGUGGAGGUGUGGCUACUGUUGUGAUCAUCGCCAUCAUAGUCUUCGUCGCCAUCGUUUGUUUCACAAAGAGGUCACAACAGAGAAUAAAAGGUAUCGCCUCUUCACAAGGGGCGACUUUGACUCAAGCCAGCAGGCCUCCAGAAUAUGAAGAAAUAAAUGACUUCGGUAUCCCCAACGGUGUAAUGGCAGAGUCACCGUCCGCCAGAGGCUUCCAACCUGGGGCACAAGCACACAACGCGAAGUUUUCUAGAGGAGACAAGAACGUUCUCCUUGUAAAUCUAAAUCCCAAUAAAUCAUCGAAUAUAUAUGAGGGGACAAUGGAUGAAACCCCAGACUCUGAACUGACGCCAUAUACUUCACGUGGGACCACUGACAUCCUGCAGAAAAGUAACGAACGAUUAAGCGUCCUUUACGCCAUGCCUGACAAGAACAGAAACGGAGCACAGGACGGCUACGACGAAAUUAAUCUCGGAAUUGCACCCUAUUCUUCUUUUGAAAAUUCUGAGCAGCCAACCGCCUCGGCGAAGAUGGCCGACAGAAUGAGUGUCGCUUACGCCGCACCCGAUAAGAACCGAGAUCGAAACGGCACCUGGGAAGAUAUGGACAGUCUGUGUGCUAUGCCAGAUAAGAAUGGAAACCGGAACCCUUCGGAUGAUACUUCGGAAGAUGUCGGCAGUUUGUACGCGAUGCCCGAUAAAUCCCGAGGAAAGCCAGAUGGAUGUGAUGGCGACCAGGAUCCAUACGCAAAAUAUAAUGAUUCAUUUUCUGGUGAUCAAUAUAAUGAAAUGGAGAUGGUUGAAAAUGAACUUUAUACUAUGUAA